GUCCUGAGUUAGCGAAUCCAAUGGCAGCUAUAAAAUGGGAAAUAUCGGCACUAACCAACGAACGAUUUAUCAUUUCACCACUCAACUGAACUCUGCACCACAUCCUCUUGUUGUCGGCCAUGUCCACGUCGACAGACAAAACGACGUCGGAGGAGGAGAAGAGAGCGUUCGUGGACGCGGAAGCGGCGUCGCUGCUCGUGAAGGAGCUGCGCGGAACCUUCGCCUCCGGCAAAACGCGCGGUUACCAGUGGAGAGUGUCGCAGCUCAAAGCGCUCGCUAAACUCAUCGUCGAACGAGAGCAAGAGAUCGUCGACGCUCUCCGAAACGACAUCGCCAAGCCGCCGCUCGAAACCGUCGCUUACGAGAUUGCUAUGUUGAAAAACUCAUGUAAAGUCGCACUCAAGGAAUUGAAACAUUGGAUGACCCCUGAAAAGGUCAAAACUUCAAUCACUACUUUUCCUUCUUCAGCUGAAAUUGUACCUGAACCACUGGGGGUUGUGUUAAUCAUCUCUGCAUGGAACUACCCUUUUUUGUUGUCACUUGAUCCAGUCAUUGGAGCUAUUGCAGCUGGUAAUACUGUUGUUUUAAAACCAUCAGAAAUUGCUCCAGCCACAUCAUCACUGAUGGUGAAACUGCUGGGAGACUACAUGGACAACUCAUGUAUUAGAGUUGUUGAGGGAGCAGUUGAUGAAACAUCUGCAUUACUGCAGCAAAAGUGGGACAAAAUUUUCUAUACAGGUAAUGGACGAGUGGCACGCAUUGUGAUGGCUGCUGCUGCAAAACACCUUACACCAGUUGUGUUGGAGCUUGGAGGAAAAUCUCCAGUUGUUGUUGAUUCAAAUAUCAAUUUAAAGGUAGCAACAAGACGAAUAAUUGCAGGAAAGUGGGGUUGUAAUAAUGGACAAGCUUGCAUUUCUCCAGAUUAUAUUAUAACAACAAAAGACUAUGCUCCCAAGUUGGUCGAUGCCCUAAAGGCUGAAUUGGAGACAUUUUAUGGAAAGAACCCAUUAGAAUCAAAAGAUUUGUCCCGUAUUGUGAACUCCAACCAUUUUGCCCGCUUGACAAAGCUCUUGGAUGAUGAUAAGGUUUCUGGUAAGAUUGUUUAUGGAGGGAAAAAGGAUGAAAGCAAAUUGAAGAUUAGCCCCACUGUUCUAUUGGAUGUCCCACGGGAUUCUUUGAUCAUGACUGAGGAGAUAUUUGGUCCUUUACUUCCCAUCCUCACGGUUGACAAACUCGAAGAAAGCUUUGACGUGAUCAAUUCAGGACCAAAGCCUCUCGCUGCAUAUAUAUUUACCACUAACAAGAAGCUCAAGGAGCAAUUUGUUGGGACUAUUUCAGCUGGCGGUUUGGUGGUUAAUGACACUACUUUACAUCUUGCGGUUCAUACUUUGCCAUUUGGGGGAGUUGGUGAGAGUGGAGUGGGUUCAUACCAUGGGAAAUUCUCAUUUGAUGCUUUUAGCCACAAAAAGGCAGUUCUUUAUCGCAGUUUUAUCGGUGAUGCACCAAUAAGGUACCCACCAUACACAAAUACAAAGAUGAGAUUGCUGAAAGCUCUCAUUGGUGGUGGCAUACUUGGUAUUAUUCGUGCCCUGUUUGGUUGGUCCUAGUCUUUAAUUUUAUUUAGAUUGGAACCUUGAUGCUAUUAAUACAGCUUUUAUACUGGCUUCCUUGUAUUUUUAUGUCCAGUUGAAUUUUUUAUGUAAUACUCAUCAACCAUGACUUGUUGUAGAUGAAAGUAAAUUACUUCUGUAUUGCUAUUCUUUUUCUUUUGCCA